UGUUUUACAGGCAACGAAGCAGGAAAACCGAAUAGAGCUGAAAUGAGCAACGCAGGUGAGGACGAGAAAGGUUAUGACCCCCGAGAUGCUACGUUGAGAUUUGUCGACAGACCCGAUGAUCUGGACCCUCUGUCCUCUGAUGACGAUGAAGACCAUUGUCUCCGAGCUGAGAUGUCCUGCGGUCAUGCUGUCACUCCACAAUCUCUGACUGGGUGGUGUCGCAGCCUGCUGGAUCAGGGCCAGUACAAGUUCAGGUGUCCUGCUAUAAAUGAAGAGACCCAGGAGAAAUGUGGAGCUCUGUGGUCUUAUCGUGAGGUGCGGCGCCUGGCAGACCUGAGCAUUGAAGAAAUGCAGUACUUUGAGGAGAACAUUGCGCGUCUGGCUGCUGCAGAGUACCAGGAAUUUAAAGCAUGUCCUGGCUGUAAGACCUUCAUUGAGAGACAGGACCUGACUAACCUCUGUGUAAAGUGCCUAGUGUGCAAAGCAGAUCAAAAGAAAGAGAUCGAGUUCUGCUGGCAGUGCUUGAAGCCUUGGAAAGGUCCAGCUCCACGCUCUGAUCGCUGCAGUAACGACGGCUGCAUCAACCAUGACCUGGAACUCCUCAGGACCUGCAAGACCACCUCCUUUCCUGAGGUGCGGGGGGUCGAUGCCUGUCCCUCCAUCCGGGCCUGUCCCACCUGUGGAAAUAAGGUGGAGCACGACAAGACGGGCUGCAAGAACAUCAUCUGUCCUCGCUGCCAGGUGGAGUUCUGCUUCGUGUGUCUGAAGCUCACUCCUGAGUGUCUGAAGACCAGUUCCUACUUCAUCCCCUGCAGUGAUGGCGUGGCUCCCAGACAGACGUCCAUACCUGUGUGGCACAGGAAGUAAAACUGCAGAAUCAAGCGCUCAGAAAUCAAAAUUGUUACAGUUAUUUUUGUUCAUGUUCAUUAUAAAGUAAAAGUCUUUCAUUAGCAUCAAACUUAUAUCUGCAAGACUUUUAUUCUGAAGUUAUUUUGCCUAUACCACAAAUUCUUCUUUUGUCUGUUUAAGUAAUAUAAAUAUUUUUACCUAAAGGUAUAUGACAUCUGUCUCUAAUAUGUCUGUCCAUCUUAAACUUAACUUUAGUCUGGAUGUAAUACUGUAUAGCUAGGUGAAGGGAUUUGUUUUGGUGUCGUUCUAAUAGGAUGAAGGUAUUUGGUUCAAAUGUGGGUCUUUCGGAGAUGAACUGGCAGUUUUAUAAGCUGGUCCAGAAAGACCAUGACUUCAGGUUUUAGCACGCAGAGCUAGGUGUGUGUUGUGUUCUUCUUGUUAGAUAAUCAGAACUGCCCCACAGGCCCUAAAUAAAAUCUGAUUUGGGGUCUCACAUU